AGGAAAAAUCAUUCAUUAAUGUUACAAACAAAGAAGUGCAUAUCUCCAUCUAGAAGUACAUCAUUUUCCGACAUGAACUUCCAUAUGAGAUAGUAAUUGAUAAUGGAUCCCAGUUCACCUAUAACAAGUUCCGUGGAUUAUGUGAAAGAUGGAGGAUUCGCUUGAGCACAUCUAUGUCAAGAUACCCCCAAGGAAAUGGACAAGCUGGAGAACCAACAAAAUCAUCAUCAAGGGAAUCAAGAAAUGCCCUGAGCUUAAGAAAGUUCACUGGGCAGACGAGCUGGAUGGUGUCCUCUGGUCACAUAGAACAACAACCGAGAGGAUUAACUAAUAGGAUAAACUAGUAAUGGAAGAAAUGGCUCCUGCCUGUGAAGUCAAUGUUUCCACCCUCAGAUGAUCUAAGAUUUCUCAACACGUCAAACUGAAUAAAGAAAUGAUGCUCGAUGCCGUAGACGAAAUAUAAGAACGACGAGAUCAAUCACUUCUCCAACUCCAGAACUAUCAACAUCUUGCCGAAAACUACUACAACAAGAAAUUCCAAGCAAGACCUUUGGAAAUCGGUGAUCUUGUUCUGAGAAAAGUGUUUGAAAAUACUAAAGAGUGGAUGUCUGGCAAGCUUGGAACUAACUGGGAAGGUUUAUAAGAUCGUCAAAGUAAUCAAACCCGGCGCCUACCAACUUGCAACAUCAUCUGGAAAGCCGGUGCCGAGGUUAUGGAAUUCCAUGAACCUUAAAUGCUAAUUUAAGUAAGAGAACUUCACAUGCUAAAAAAAGGAACUAUGGAUGGCUUGAUCAUCUUCGGGGGUAUGUAGGCUGCUCUCACGAGUUCUAUUUCAGUCCAUCGUAGUUUUCAAUUAUGAAAAGCUAUACCAAUAAUAUAAUAACUAGGUAGAGACUUGCAUUUUGCGCAAGGUGAGAUUAUAGUAAUAAUAGUAUAAUGUAAUUUACAUUUUUAUGGAUAGUUUGUAGAAAUUUGGAUUAUUGAGCUUCAACAAUUUUUAGUUUCUAACUAUACUAAUUUUACAAUAAACUCAAUUUAAAUAUACCAUUCUAUAAAUAAAUAUUUAAAUUAAUUUACAUCAAUAUUACAUGUUUUAUAGUCUAUCUGAUUUUGAAGAUAAAAAUUAAAACCAUUAUACUGAUAACUCCUUUUAAUUUAUAAAGCACGUAACAAAUCCAUGAUUAACAAAACUGUAUCUUCACGAAGGAUUUAACCUUUGUAAGAAAAGAGAGGCAAGGAAUCCUGCAAGUCUUCAAGAAAGAAUAACUCCUUUUUAGACAAAGACUCAGAAUGCAACUUGGCAUCCAAAUACAGUGCAAAACGCUCACUUUUGGUAAACUAUAUAUAUCAAAAAACCUUCACAAAUUCGUGAAGAGGAAAAAACAGUGGAAGAGGGGAGAUCAGAUUUCAAUAUAAACGAGGCAAUGAGUAUGAUUAGUGAUUCAAUGGUUCCGGUUCACCCGAGUUUAGAGAAAUUGAAUUCUCCCGUUCUCUCUAAGGUUUGUGCAUGGGGAGUAAUGUUAGGGCUAUUUGUUGUUUCAAUAAUCGCCAUGGCUUAUGCUUGCUAUUACACGCAAAACGCUUCAAAUCCAAGCACUGGAGGGCAAGAUAAACCAAUAAAGAAGGAAGUAUUGAAGCCACUAGACAUGGAACCAAAGAUAGUUGUCAUAAUGGCCGGUAAUGAAAAUCCUACCUUCUUUGCCAAGCCAAGCAAGAUCAAUGCAUGACCAGUACAAGACCGCUAGAUUAUUGUUUUGGUUUUCUUUCUUCUUUCUGCUCCUUACUUGUUUAUAUUUGAACUUUAAACUCUUUAUAAUAAAAUGAUUUUUUAAUUUCCUUAUAGUCCCUCCGUUUCUAAAUGAUGUAUGUUUUACAAACAAAUUAAGAAAACUUGUUAUUAAAUGUAUUAUUGUUUUGUGAUUA